UUUGUACACUUCACAUUGCAGUCUUUCCCACUUCCUGAAAGCUCGACUCAAAGGGAUCUAUUACAUCCUCACUCUCUAUCUAGUUUCCUAGUUUCUCUUUUUGGGGAAUCUUUGCAACUUUAUUAGUACAUAACUGGGUUUUGUAUGUAUUUACAAGAUUGAAGUUCCUGAAGUUGAAAAGGCAAUGGAUCUAUUGCUGCUUCUGCUUCUUUCUUUACUUGUUUCUUUUGCUUCUGCUGUUGAGCAAGAUGGUUUCAUUGGGGUAAAUGUAGGCACAGCCCUAUCUGACAUGCCAAGCCCGACACAAGUUGUAGCUCUUCUUAAGGCUCAGCAAAUCCGAUAUGUCAGGCUAUAUGAUGCUGACAGGGGCAUGCUAGUUGCACUUGCUAAUACUGGAAUACGUGUGUCUGUUUCUGUCCCCAAUGAUCAACUACUUGGCAUCGGUCAAUCAAAUGUCACUGCAGCCAAUUGGGUUUCACGGAAUAUUCUGGCACAUGUCCCUGCGACCAACAUCACAUCCAUCUCUGUUGGAUCUGAAGUACUUACCACCCUCCCAAAUGCUGCUCCUAUCCUAGUCUCUGCACUGAACUUCAUACACUCUGCCCUGGUUGCUUCUGAUCUGGAUUCCAAGAUUAAAGUCUCCACGGCACACUCUUCUUCCAUUAUUCUCGACUCCUUCCCACCUUCACAAGCAUUCUUUAAUAGGUCCUGGGAUCCAGUGAUGGUUCCACUUCUUAAAUUUCUGCAGUCCACAGAUUCAUACCUUAUGCUUAAUGUGUACCCUUACUACGAUUACGUGAAAUCCAACGGUGCUAUUCCACUAGAUUAUGCUCUCUUUCGUCCCCUUCCUCCAAAUAAAGAAGCUGUGGAUUCCAACACCCUGUUGCACUACACUAAUGUUUUUGAUGCACUUAUUGAUGCAGCCUAUUUUGCAAUGUCUUAUCUAAACUUUACCAAUAUCCCCAUUAUAGUUACUGAAUCGGGCUGGCCAUCCAAGGGUGACCCUUCAGAGCCAGAGGCCAUAGUUGAUAAUGCCAACACGUAUAACAGUAAUCUUAUCAAGCAUGUACUUAAUAAUACAGGCACACCCAAACACCCUGGGAUUGCAAUUAGUACUUACAUUUAUGAGCUUUACAAUGAAGAUUCAAGUCCUGGACCAGAGUCAGAGAAGAACUGGGGGCUUUUUGAUGCCAAUGGGGUGCCAACAUAUAUCCUACAUUUGACAGGCUCUGGGACAGUGUUGGCCAAUGACACUACCAAUCAAACUUAUUGUGUGGCAAGGGAUAAUGCUGAUAAAAAGAUGCUGCAAGCGGCCUUAGAUUGGGCUUGUGGACCUGGGAAAGUGGAUUGCUCUCCCUUGUUGCAAGGAAAACCAUGUUAUGAACCAGAUACUGUAGCAGCUCAUGCAACCUACGCAUUUGAUGCAUAUUACCAUCGGAUGGCUCUGGGUGAAGGAACCUGCGAUUUCAAUGGGGUGGCCACCAUUACUACCACAGAUCCAAGUCAUGGUACUUGUAUAUUUCCAGGAAGCCGUGGGAGAAAUGGCACCUUCAUCAAUGGCACAUCACUCGCUCCAUCUUCAAACUCGACCCCAUCGGGCAGCCCAGCACAAAAUCUCCAUUCGGCUGAUACUUCACUAAGCUCCUUAGUUAUAGCUGUGUUAGCUUGUUUGUUUUUAGUGUAUUUUUAAGUAAUUGUGACAAUUCAUGUUUGCUCAAUUUGUACCUUUCGAAAUAUUAGUUUAGCAUAACUUCUAGCUGUACCCAAUUUUGUGCCUUAAUAGAGGAAGGAGGGUACAUAGUGAGGUGGUCUGAACAUAUAGUGGACCAGCAGCUUCACCUAGAAGCGAUCCUUUGAUUUGUACAACCAAAAGCCAAAAGCAAUGGUUUCACAUAAUUGGUGUAACAAUCUUGUUGCAUAAACAUUGGUUUUCCGGCCUGA